AUGGCAGCCGCCACCCUAGCCGCCAAUCUUGCCAGAGUUUGGAGCAGCGCCGUCACGAACACCACCACGUUCGCACCACCACGUCGGAAGCAGCAACCACCGCGAGCUUUCCCGCAACCACCAGCGCACCACCUCCACGCAGCCUUGUCGCUGGAAUCUGCACCACGCCAUCAAGCAACCGCCGCAACACCAUCUUCUUCGUUCGCACAGCAGCAGCCACCACGACGCAACUCGCCGAAAAUCCGACCACCAUCACCAAGAGCUAGAACCAGAAACGUGCACCGCAGCAGCGCACGUCACUGCAACUCGCCGAAAACAGCACCGUCCCUGCAGAACCAUGGCAGCACCACCAGUCACGGUCGCGCUUCAUCCCUGCACCAGCACGCACCAGAUUGGAGAAGAAGAACCACCGCAUCUGCAACACUUCCCGCGAACCAGAACAGCACCACGUCCAUGGCAGCAACACCUCGCUGGCAGCCUCCAUUCCCGCAACCUUUACGCACCAUCGCAGCAGCCAUGGCAGCCAUUGCUCCGCCACCGUCAAGCCUCACCGGAGAAGGAGGAGCCGCGCCGUCAGCCGCACCAUUGCAGCACCCACAAGCCUCCAUGAAACCCUAA